AUGUACCUGCUGCUCUGCAUGCUGGCAUUCACGGACAUCUCCAUUUGUACUUUGGUUGUGCCAAAAGCCCUGUGUAUAUUUUGGUUCAAUUUGAAAGACAUUACUCUGGCUGGCUGCCUCACCCAGAUGUUCUACCUUAACACGGUUCUGUUUACGCAAUCAGCUAUCCUUGUGACAAUGGCCUUUGAUCGCUACGUGGCCAUAUGUAACCCUCUGAAAUACGCCACCAUCCUCAGCAGUGCACAAAUAGCUAAGCUAGGGGCUGUAGGUUUGGUAAGAGCUGUUCUCUUCAUUCUUCCCAUGCCCCUGCUAGUGAGUGAACUGCUGUUCUGUGAUAACCGCAUUAUCCCCCAAACUUACUGCGAUUGCAUGACUGUGGCGAAGCUCUCUUGUGGGGACAUCGCCGUCAUCAGGGUGUACGGUUUGGUGAUAGGUAUUGUAAACAUUGCGUUAGACGUGAGUCUCAUUGCCCUGUCCUACGGUUUCAUCAUCAGGGCCGUUCUCAGAAUCUCUUCCAAAGAAGCUCACGAAAAAGCCCUAAGCACAUGCACCGCCCACGUCUGUGUGUUAUUAUUACAUUGGAUUCCCAGCCUCUUCUCCAUGAUUACAAACCGCUUCGGUCAGGGCAUCGCUCGCCACUCUCAUGUCAUCUUGGCCAACCUCUAUCUGCUCAUCCCUUCCAUGCUCAACCCUUACAUUUAUGGAUUGCAGUCCAAAGAGUUUCGUGAGAAAUUGGGUAAAUACACCUUUAAGAGUUGGUCAUCUAGGAUCUCGGAGUUGAAAUCUAUGUGA